ACUGGGAAGGUAGUAGUAUAUAGUAGCACGGUUGGAAAAGUAAAAAGGAUAGCGCAGGCGUUGGAUUGCAGCGCGUAUUACUAUAAUAUAGUAGGUAAAGCAAGUAUAUUAAGCGAGUUUAUAGACGGCAAGCAACGGGUAAUUAUAGUAAUAAGCGCGUUGGGUAUAGAGGUAGAUAUACCGGAUAUUCGGUGCAUUAUAUAUAUAGAUUGGCCGCGAAUAUUAUUAGAUUAUAUAUAG